CAAUUGAAGGAUGAGAUUGCAGAGGUCACCGAGGAGAUGGAGAGGGUGGACGUCGCCGUCACGGAUAAGGAGAAUCCGAAGGCUAAGCAGCAGCACAUCGGUCGCAAGAAGUUCAACAUGGACCCCAAGAAGGGGAUCGAGUAUCUCAUCGACCACGGGCUGCUGUCGUCUGACUCCUCGGACGACGUUGCACAGUUCCUGUUCCGCGGUGAAGGACUCAACAAGACCGCCAUCGGCGAAUACCUGGGAGAGAGGUGA